AUGGCGCGGGUGCUGGUGGUGGGCGCGGGGCUGACGGGCGCGGCGGGCGCGGCGCUGCUGCGCGGGGCCCCGCGGGGACAGGUGGCCGUGUGGGACAAGGCGCGGGGCGCAGGGGGCCGCAUGAGCACGACCCGCGCCGACCGCGGCAGCGCCGACCUGGGCGCGCAGUUCGUCACCUGCGAGCCGGAGCUGGCGGGGCCGCGGCUCAGCUUCUACGAGGAGCUUGUCACCCACGGCAUCCUGAAGCCACUGACGGCUCCCGUGGAAGGACUGGUGGAGAGAGAAGGCUCCCGCAAUUUCGUGGCACCCCAGGGCAUCUCCUCGGUUGUCAAGUACUAUUUGGAGCAGUCAGGUGCAGAGGUGUCCUAUGAGCAGCAGGUAACUCACAUUUCCCUGCGGGAUGGCAGGUGGGAAGUCUCCAGGAAAGCUGGGCCUCCGGAGCAGUUUGAUGUGGUAAUUCUCACCAUGCCUGUCCCACAGAUUCUCCAGCUGCAGGGUGACAUUGUGAACAUAAUUAAUGCAAGUCAAAAGCAGCAACUGGAAUCUGUGAGCUACUCAUCCCGUUAUGCCCUGGGACUGUUUUAUGAGGCUGGCACAGGGAUUGCUGUCCCCUGGGCUGCUCGCUACAUCGCCGAUAAUCCCUGCGUGCGCUUCAUCUCCAUCGAUAACAAGAAGCGCAAUAUAGAGUCUCCUGAAAUUGGGCCCUCGGUCGUGGUGCACACCACUGUGGCCUUUGGCAGCGAGCACCUGGACUCAGACCCUGAGGAGGUGCAGCAGAUCAUCCUCAGCCACCUGCAGAGGAUUGUGCCCUCCCUGCCUAAGCCAAGCAGCAUCAAGUGCCAGAGAUGGAGAUACUCCCAGGUUACCAGAGCUGUGCCCAAUUGUCCAGGACAGAUGAUUCUUCACACUCAGCCUCUCCUGAUCUGUGGGGGUGAUGGAUUCACUCGCUCCAACUUUGAUGGCUGCAUAGAGUCUGCCAUGAGCCUUGCAGAGGCUGUGAAGCCUCAUUUACAGCAAUUUCAAACUCAGGCUGCUAAAAUUCCUCCAGAUUAAUUAUGAAUUUUGCUGUGAUGGAUCGAAUUUGAGUUUAACAUCAACAUCAUCUUGCAAAAAACAAAUAAAGGAAAAU